AGUACAGACGACCACGCGGACGAUAAGGUCUCUGCUAUGGAAAUAAAACUCGCGUACCAAAUACAAGGGGAGAGGAAUAAAGAAAUGUCGAUCGCAACUAAAAAAGAUGCCGAUACGGUCCGAGACACUGUGAACCAGUACUUAGGAAGCGAUCAUGCAAUCGCUAGCAACGCUGAGCUCAAGACCUAUGACUUUGACGAAGACGGGAGCAUCUCCCUGGCCGAACUCAAGGUGAUUCACGAGCUUCGUCAACACGACGGGCAGUUCGACAAUCAGCCGGGCUCCCUCGGUGGCAUUGAAUUACUCCAGGCCCUACUGCCAGAGACGCAAGAAGCCGAG